AUGUUGCACCUCAAAGAAAGCAUUUCCGUUCAAUUGAAUGGCCAUACUAAUGGUCAAUCCAACGGAAAGCCAAAAAGCGCUCGCAAAAAGUAUUCUGAUGGCAAAAGCGAACUGAUUCCCGUGAGUGUGGGAUCUGGUACCCACCGAAAGAAUGUCCAAAACAAGACUCUUCUCCUAUGGACGACUCAGGCAAUUUUGGGGUUGAGUGUCUUCUACCAGAAGCAAUACGUCCUCUCACCAAAAGUCCGAGCUGCAGCCCUUAGUCUGGUAUUUCCCGGGGCUGGGUAUAUUGCCAGUGCAAACAUUCUCGGAGGCGUAUUCUUUCUUCUUACAUUUAUCUCUCUUCCUCCAGCUUUAUUCGCAUGGUUCGGAGCUGGCGGGAUCUUUUUUCCAAUCCUCAUCUGGGCGCUCUCCAUUCCAGGAGCAUAUUAUGCGACCGGAAAGACAGUGUUUUCCUACGGUGGCAUCAUCUCCCUCGGCCUACUCGUUUCUUUCAUCACAUACUUCAACCGACUUUCAGCCACUGCUCGCACCAAGGCCACCGAAAAGCGGAACACCCGAAAUACCUUCAUCACCAACGAGCUUACCUCCAUUGACACACUUUCGACGCCCGCGCCUCCAGAUGCCGACCGAGAACUGAGUCUUGAAGAUCUCCGGGUCAUCCAGUAUGUCUUUGACCAAGCGAGCAAAGCACACGAUGACUGGAGUGAGUUCAACGUUAUCGACCAGUUCCAAACCUCUGCCGUACGGUACCAGCUUUACGAGAUGAUGUAUUGCCUUGGCAUGUACAUUGGCAUCUACACACCUAAUUUCCACGGCUACGCUGCGUCCGCUUACCUCAAUACCAUUGAAAAGGCGCUGACACCCAAGGUCUUGGGAUUCUGGAAGUGGGAAACGCGAUGGGGAAAGUUCAAAACCGACUACGACCCGGUCGUCGAGGACAACAUCAUGGUAACGGGUUUCUUCUUGCAGGCUUUGAUGCUGUACACGUCCGUUACGGGUGACCAUCGAUACACGAAACCCGGGAGUCUCAAGUUCCGCCUCAGUGACAAGAAAGGAGAUGAGUUCCCGCACUCUAUUCACACGAUCGAUAAGGCAUUGGUGCGGCAGUGGGAAGCAAACCCAUACUGCUUCUUCCCCUGUGAGCCGAAUUGGAUAUAUACGCCUUGCAACUUCUACGGAUUUACCGGGCAGGUCGUGUAUGAUCGCGUGUUCGGCACCACGCAUAGCGAGCGCCUCUUACCUGCAUUUGAGGAGUCCCUGAAUGCCAACUUCACCGAGCCGGAUGGGUCAAUCCUCCCAAUCCGCUCUGAGCUAACGGGUUUCACUAUUCCGGGGCUUUGUGGCGCGUUGACCGAUCUCGUCAACGCGGUAUUAUGUAGAGGGUACCUUGACCAUGUUGCAAGACGUAUGUGGGCAAUUUUCCGGCACGAGUGUGUCAACUUCACAUCAUCUGGCGAACUAGAGCUUACGGGUUUGGUGGGCGCUGACAAGUUGGAUCCGGGCAACUAUCGCGCAAGUGAUUUUGCGAUCUACCCUCAUUUGGCAUACGUGGCGGGAGAGUAUGGCGACGAGAAAGUCCGAAAGGCGGCCAACAAGAAGUCGGAUGAGGGGUUCGGAGUCAAGACGACGGAGAGUGGAGCUAAGGUGUUGGAUCCCGAGAAUGCCAGUCUUGCGAUGAGGACAAGUCGGGUCAGGGCGGCUUUGUUGAGAAAAGAAGACUGGAAGAAGUUGAUUGGAGAGGGUCCAUCUAAGACGGCCCUCGCUGGUCCUAUCCUGUACUCGGUCCCCUAUCCCGGCGUUCUAGUUGCAAAAGCUCGCUCGCACGACUCCAAAGACUUGGAACUCGUGCUUUAUCCGUCUGCGGCUAGCGGCAUAUUCAAGCUUGGGGUCUCUAGGCUUGUGCCUGGGCAGACGUACAACUACGGCGCUGAGAAGAGCGUAAAAGCGGAUGCGGCGGGAGAAAGUAGUGUCGAGGUGGCCGUGGAGGGUAGAACCCAUGUGCAUCUUACCCCCGCAUAGGUCGGGUGAUCUAGAGGGGACACCGUGUGUUUUAUCGAGAGAGCAGAAGACAGUAUUGAAGAUGUGCGGAUGAUAUCUGAAGGUUUAUACGAAGGAAAUGCACAUACAUAUAUACUAGAAUGCUCACUACGACAUCAGUCACAAAUCUUUCAAUAAAAGAAUGCAUCGCACCAUCUAAAGGGUGAGUUUGAGAAUUUUAAGUCCCUGCGCUUACUAGAGCCCGUUGGUGCAUAUCGUGCAAGCAUCCCGGAUCUUCACGGAUCUAUGAUGUCGAAUAUGCUAGUCAGUGUCGAACCACUGCGGUCCAGACUCGAUGCUGCUAGGGUGGUUACCCAAAUGGAAUCGCCAAUAUGCGCGUUCGGCGAAGAUAGAAGAGAGAGG